CUCCACUUCAGCUUCUGGUCGCCGGCUCAGAAAAAAAUCUGACUUUAAAGACACAAUAUAAUAUCUGUGCCAUCUCCUCUGGUGAAGACCAUCUAUGUAGCUUGCUCUAGCCAUUUCCUUCUCUUUGCCUUUAAAAAUCAACUCUACCACUUUAACCUUGUCCUUUCCAAAUCACAUCAACUCGCUACCCACAACUUCCUACUGAGGAGCAAUCACCAUUGGGACUACUGCAAGGGAAGAGAGAAUGUUUAACCGUUUUGCUCUCUGUCCUAUAUUUCUGAUGAACAUUGUCCAACACACACACACACAGCUGGGGAAAGGAAGGUUUUCCUUCUCAAGUACAGGAUGCCAUUCAGAUUUCAGAGGUUUGGAAGCAGUUGUUAUUCUGCUUGCAGUGACUGGGUGCUGCUAAAUCACCCAUAUCAACCUGAAGGCACCCUACGUUAGACUUCAGGUCUUCAGCUUCUGGGUUCAUAUAUUUCUUUCAUUUCCUCCAAAACAUUACACAGCAGAACACAUUAGUGUCAUGACAUUCUCUCUUCCAGCACCCUCACUUCUGCCUCUGGUAUUAUGAUGAUCCCAGUGCCAUCAUUGUGAUGCGAGCAAUGACCUCACAAGAGACCAGGCUUUGUGGAGGGCUCUGACUGACUGCAAUGAGAAAAGCACACUCUGAUGUUGCUUCAGCCACAACCAACCUUGGACUGAGCCUUAAACAGGGGCAGCAUUUCUGUCUCACUUGUUAACUCAACCUUUACGGCCUCUUCAAGUUACAGGGGACAGGCCCAUUUUAGCAGUCUUUUACUCUGAGGGAGCAGGGCAGACGCCGGUUGUACUGCAGCUUUUGUGAUGUGGUCCUUGGAGCCAGGAACGACCAUGUGACACGUUUGGGCUGCAGGCACACUGCAACUAUGGGCUCAUUUUGUGGAUGUUCUUCUGGGGCCUGUUCAGCCUACAAUAACCCUUCUGAUUCUAUGAAUCCUCAUCGCCUAAAGAAGAGGAAUCAGCUCAAAGAAACAUCACAACAGGUGUGGACAAUAUGGAACACCCUGAACAAUAUGGAGGUACAAACAAGAGUCAAGUUUUAAUAGAUGUUAAAGGCGAAGGAGGGGUGUGGUUGCCAUUUCCAGCAGUAACCAUGCAUUUGCCUCGACAGCUAGUUUUACCCUAACAGAUAAAAAGAAAUUCAUACCCUCCAACAUUUCUCCAAUGAAAAUAGGAAUGAUUCCAUCAUCAUCAUCACCAUCAUCAUCAGUUUAGUAUUUAUACCCCACCCAUCUGACUGGGUUGCCCCAGCCACUCUGGAUAGCUUCCAGCAUAUAAAAAAACAACAACAUAAUAAUAAAACAUUAAACAUUAAAAAACUUCCCUAUACAAACAAGGCUUCCUUCAGAUGUCUUCUAAAGGUUGUAUAGUUACUUAUCCCCUUGCCUCGGGGGUCUCUUAACUCCAUACCCUCCAACAUUUCUCUGACAAAAAUAGGGACUUCCUAAGGAAAAAUGGGGCAUUCUGGGAUUAAAACAGAAACCAAGGUGGCUUCUGUAAAUCUAGGACUAAUACUGGGAAAUAGAGACACCUGGAAGGUCUGGAAAUUCAGAGCACAGGGAUGGCAAGCUAUGCUGUGAAGCCUAACUAAAAAAGGGCGGGGGAGAGGAGGCAGGCAAGACUAUAAUUUAAGGAUGUGAAUGGAAUGAAGAUGAUCCCAUGGCACUUCAUGAAAAGGAAAGCAAGGAUGUGUGUGCCUAAUGACCUAAACCCACUCAUUAGGAUUAUGGUUGUGGAUAAGCACAGCAGGCCUUAUCAUUAAAUCUACUGCCAUCGUUUCCCAAAAUACUUAAAUUCAUUGCAGAAGGGUUAUAAAGUACUUCUAAGUGGCUCUUAAAAAACACGCAUGCAUGCACAUGCACGCGCACAGACACAUGGAAUCACUCUUUUUUUUCCUCUUUAAUCCAAAAACAGAAAGCAGCGUAAGUCAUUGAAUUUACCAAGUGCAUUAUCUGAAGAGCCAUUUCUCUAUAUUUUCAUGUAUAUAUGCAUGUCUUUUGUUCAAUAAUGAAACAAACAGGUUUCAUUUUUGCCUUUCCUUUUCCCCUGUCAGGAUCUGAAUGCGAGAGUUACAUCCGUCAUUAAUGACUCAUCCCAGCUAAUCUCUAUUCUGUUCAUAGCUUCGCACUGUCUUCUUGCCACGGCUUCCCUUGCCGAACCUAUUGUUUCAAAUAGGGGGAAAGGCUGUUCUGAGCUCCUGUGGUGUGAGGACUUUAGAGUGCCUUGACUCCCCCCUCCCAUCUUACCCGCAAUCAUACCCUUCAAAAACAUCAGAAGAAAUUGAAGUUGGAAGAAAUUGGAGGCAUUUAAGCUGAGGCUGGAUGGCCAUCUGUCAGGAAUCCUACAUUACAGAUAUCGCAUUGAGCAAGGAUUUGGACAGUAUGCCUUUUAAGGAUGCGUCUAACUCUGUAACUCUACGGUUCAAGUUAGGGGGAAAUGUGCCAUAAACAAGCUUGCAAAAGGUACAUCAGAUUCAAGGAAAUGUUGUUUUGAAGCUGGUGUGAUUAUCUGACUCAGCAUGCUAGCCACAUCAUAUUGCUCCCCAAAACUGUGCUCUAAACAUUGGUCUCCUAUUUUCAACAGCACACACAUCUUGGAGAUAAAUGUAUAAAAGGUUAAAAGGCUUAGAAAAUAGUUGAACUUCAUGCACCCCUAAAACCUGUGUUAGGAAGGCACGUAUUCCAAAAGACAGUGAAGAAUCCAUUAAAUUACACAUUAAAUGAAAUAUAGAAUCAUAGAAUCUUAGAGUCCACCACCUCUCGUGGGAGUCUGCUCCACUGCCAAACAGCUCUUAGUGUCAAAAAGUUUUUUUCUGAACAUUUAGUCAGAAUCUCCUAACUUGAAGCCAUUGGUUCAAAUCCUACCCUCCAGAGUCCUCAAGUCCUACCUCUCCAGGAGAAAACAAGCAUGUUCCCUCUUCCAUGUGACAGCCCUUAUGAUCUUUGAAGAUGGCUAUCAUAUCACCUCUUGGUCUUCUCUUUUCCAAACUAAACUUACCCAGCUCCUUCAAGCGCUCCUUGUAAGGCUUAGUUUACCUUAAUCACAUACCCUUAAUCAUCUUGGCCACCCUCCUCUGCAUACAUUCCAGCUUGUCAACACCCUUCUUAAAUUGCAGUGUCCAGAAGUGGACACUGUAUUCCAGGUGUGGUUUGAUCAAGGCAGAAUAGGGUGGUACUAUUAUUUUCCUUGAUCUGGACACUAUACGUCUGUUGAUACAGCCUAGAAAAGCAUUAGCUAAUUUACAGGUGGUACAUAACACCAGUCAAGCUUGCAAAAAUUUAUCAUUUGCCCGAUAAUAAAUGUUGGAAAUGUAAUGAAACUGAAGGUACAUUCUUUCACCUUUGGUGGACGUGCCCAAAGAUUAAGGCAUUCUGGGAGAUGAUCUAUAAUGAAAUGAAAAGGGUAUUUAAAUAUAGCUUUCUAAAGAAACCAGAGGCCUUUCUCCUGGGCAUGGUAGGCCAAUUGGUGCCAAAGAAGGAUAGAAUUUUUUUCAUGUAUGCCACAACAGCAGCAAGAAUACUUAUUGCAAAGCACUGGGAGACACAAGAUCUACCUACCAGGGAAGAAUGGCAGAUGAAGCUGAUGGACUACAUGGAGUUGGCGGAAAUGACUGGCAGAAUCUGAGACCAGGGAGAAGAGUCAGUGGAAGAAGAUUGGAAAAAAUUUAAAGCUUAUUUACAGAAAUAUUGCAAAAUUAAUGAAUGUUAGAAGGAUGCUGGAAUGAAGUUAUAUGGCUUUAGCAGAAAUGUUAUAAAGAAUUAAGUAAAAAAAGAUGGUUAAUGGGUCAAAGUGGAAAUUUAAUGUUAAUUGUGUUAAGAUAAAUUAUAGAACAAAAAUUAAGAAAGAUGGAAAGGAUUUGCUGAAAUAGCUAAUUGAACAAGAAUACAAAAAAGGGAGGUGUGAGGAGGUCGAUGACACAAGUAAAUGAAAGGUAGAGAUAUAGAGAUACUGGAUGUGUUUUUUAAAUGUUUUUGCUUUUUUGUUGUUUUGUUGUAUGGUUUUUUUGUUUUUUUCUUUAUUUUUGAUGUAUUGUGAACUUUUUAUUGUUUUUUUUGUUCUUUUUUCUGUAACUAUUAAACUUUUAAUAAAUAUCUUUUUUUAAAAAAUAGAAAAGCAUUAGCUAUAUACUUACUACUGCUGCUGCUUCAACAAUAUGCAAAGUUAAACAUAUUGGCAUAAAAUAAGUGAAUGCGACAGGAAAACCAGCACCAGACCAUAAAAGGACAGAUCCCAGGUAAGCUGAAAGAGGUCCGCCAACAUAGGAGUGGCAACACCAGAUGACACAUUGUCCAGGUUUCAAACAAAUAUGGCACCAGCCCUAUCUAUAUCCCUUUGUAUCAGUAAAAGUUGCCCAUAUCUCUCGUGCUCUUGGGUAACCCUCUUCUCCUUAAAAUAGGAGUGGGUAAUUUUUGGCUCUCAAUACGUUGCUGGGCUGCAACUCCUUCCUGACAGAGGGAAAAUGAGUUUUUAAAAUAGUAGUCUACUCCAGGUUGCCAGGUCAUGUGACUGAGCCAGCCUAAGCCCCCAUCCCUCAAGUCUUGCCUCCAGAAUGCCUCUUUUGUGGGGCUUAUGCUAGCCUCAUCUCAUCCAGCUGAGCUGGAAUGAGCAAGUUACGCUGGUAUAUCUUCAGUUGAGCUGGGUUUGAGGACUUAAUGCUGGCUGAAAUUAAGUUUUGCUGCAUCCUAAGCUGCUCAUCUCAUUCAGUCUUGCCCCCUAAGUCUAUAUUUUAAGAGGCUUCUUUGCUGGCCUGGUUGAUCUGACCAUAGUUUUCUUCUUUAGCAGGCCAGGGGCAUAUAGACUGACUCCUACUACAUGUGGGCUUCCAGCAGGUUUCUGGCUGGGAACAGGAGGGUGGACUUGAUGGGCCUUCAGUCCAAUCUAGCAGGACUGCUCUUAUGUUCCUAAAUCCCUAAUUGUCACACCUCAGUUUCUCAGAUCAGAGCCCACUGCAAACCACCUCUUUGGAAUAUUCGGCCUUGCAUAAGUAUUAGUUGUUGUUUCUACAGGAUUAUGUUUCUACAUAGGACAUGAACCUAAAGAUAGACUUCCUGGCUAUGGUUCAAGCCCUCCUCAAGACUGUCACUAUGGCACAGCAAGCCCGAAAGAAAAAGCUUGGCAGGACCAGAAGCUACACAAAGUGUCUGCUUGUAAGUAUUUAAAGUGCAAUCAGUGUUGGUGUCCAUCAUGAACCAAUUAGAUAUUAUCAUCCUUGCUUCUUUACCACCAUAGCCUACAAAGCUUCCUUCCCACUUCUUGGUGAAAUGCUUGAUGUGCCUUGUAUGUUGUGCCAGACCAACUAUAGUGGGGUGGCUUAACUAUAGUUUGUUAAGGGCACUGGGAAUUAUAGCUCUGUGAGGGGUAAACUACAAUUUCCAAGAUUCUUUGGGGUAAGCAAUGUGCUUUAAAUGUAUGGUGUAUGCUGCUGCUUGUCUGGGGCUGAGUUGCAGGAGUUUUCAUUUUAGUUGUGGCACUGAAACAGAACUUCCCACAAGUUCCAAAUUUUGGCUAUGUUUUGAAAGGCUGCCAUCUGAUUUUAAAGUUGUUUUAAGAAAAUCCAGAAUCCAACCUGAGGAAUCUAGUUCUUAGUUCUUACAAAACAUGAGACACAGUCUCUCUUGUUUGUUUAGAUCAAGGGUAGUCAACCUUUUUAUACCUACCUCCCACUAAUGCAUCUUUCUUGAUGGUAAAAUUUCCCUACCACUCACCAGUGCUCGAUGGAAGGAGGAUUCAGCUUGUGCUGUAGAACACCCUACCGCCCACCUAAAAACCUGAAAUGCCCACUAGUGGGCUGUAGGGAUCAGGUUGACAACCCCUGGUUUAGAUUCACACACCCCAUCCUCUGAAAAUCCUGGUUUGUAGCCAACUAAAUUUUACUCAGAGUAGAUCCACUGAAAUUCAUUAGUGGAUCAAAGUUAGUCUACUCUGAACUAGGAUUGCAUAUUGAUCAAUGUGAGAAACAACAUAAAUAAAUUCAGUUGACUUUAACAGUUGAAUGUAUGGGCUCACAGAAUAUUAAUUUCUUAAGGAAGAGAAGCAAAGUCCCCCUCCUCCUCCACUUCUUCCUCUUCUUCUUCUUCUUCUUCUUCUUCUUCUUCUUCUUCUUCUUCUUCUUCUUUUAUUGCCACUUGGUGCAGGAACAUUCCACAGCAGCAGACUUCCUUUAUUUCUCAUCCAGUCCCUGUGAGAGCAAUCUAAAAUCUGUUUCCAGUGGUUGA